AAAAAAAGAUGCAACUUUGCGCGAGUUCAUGUCUAAGAUGGAUGAUUAUGCGCCCAUUAUACCCGAUGCGGUAACCAACUAUUACUUAACCCUCGCUGGUCUUCCACCUCCACCGCAAACCUCUCCUCACCUCGCUCGGCUGCUUGCCCUUGCUACCCAGAAGUUCAUUGCCGACAUUGCAGCCGACGCGUACCAGUACUCUCGCAUCCGAGCUUCCAAUACCACAAGUAACAAUCCGAUGGGAGGGUUAGGCGGCGCAGGACCGAUGGGUGGUGGCCCACAAGGUGCUGCCGCUGCAAGCGGCGGCCAGGGCGGCAAGGCAGACAAAGAUGCUCGUUUGAAUCUUGGAGUUCAAAGGCCAGGUUAUGGCGGUGGUGGGCAAGGCGGUGGGCAAGGCCGCACAGUUCUCACCAUGGAGGAUCUCGGAAUGGCUGUCGGAGAAUAUGGUGUUAACGUCAAGAGGGGAGAAUUCUACCGAUAAACAUGCGACAUGCCAGAACUGGACACGGAGUAUUCUUUCUUCAAACGGAACUUUCACAUCAAAGCAAGCAUAACUGGCGUUGGGGGAACUAUUUUCACAGGGCGCAACAGACAUCCAUCUUGGAAUUUAGGAGAUUGGCACAUCGAAUCCCUGAAAGGGCAAUGAUAUUUGUACAAUAACAGUACAUUGGGAAAGCUUGCAAUGCUUCUUCCCUUAAUGAUACCCAAACUCCAAUUGAUGCAACUACAAACAGAAAAGUCUCAUUUAUUCUUGGUCUGCUUGUAUGUGAACUGCUUCCGCGUAGGUGCAAAUUCUCCUAAUUUGUGUCCCACCAUAUCCUCAGUUAUUGUGAGGUCCAAAUAGUUCUUUCCGUUAUGUAUUUGAAACUUCAAUCCCACGAAACUAGGUAGGAUAGUAGCGGAGCGUGCCUGCGUCUUGAUGGGGGCGA